AUGACUAAUGCAAUUAAAACCUUUUUGAUUACAGUAAAUUCUCAAUUGAUUAUUUAAAUUUCAGAUGAUUCCUAUGAUAACAAAAUUGAGAUUGGUAAAGAUUUUCAGACUGGAGGUGCUAAAAGAUCACAUAAUGGCUUCAUGAUAUAUAAUAAUAACAACUAAUAUGAUAGCAAUAAUGCUGAAAGCUUGAAAGAUAUGGAAUAAAGGCUAUUUGGUGUUAAAAGAGAAGCAACGCCAUUAAGCAGCUAUAUCAGCGAUUAAGAAUUCAUUCCUGUUAAAACUGGAACAGGGGUUAAACUAAUGAAAAACGGGCCAAAACACAUACUCGAAUCAUCUGAAUACGAACCACUAUACAUUCCUUAGGAUAAUAUAUUGGAGGAAUGUCUCAGAAGAGAAGCUGAACGAGUGGCACAUUAAGAAAACUUGAUGAAUAGAGUAGUUUAUGAUUCUGUCGACCCAUCCCCUAACUAAAUGUCGAAUCAAGAGACCUAAAGUAAUUAGUAAAUUAGUUCCCAGUAAAAUCCAAUAAAUGAUGAUCAAAUUAAUAAUGGUCAAGAUUGUGAUGAUUAAGUUGAUAAUAUACUUUUGAAUAAUGCACAACCCAACAACCCAAAUUAAUGCGAUAAUGAUGCUAAUUUAACUUAGUAUUACACUCCUAAAUCCCCUGACGAUUACACAUUAGUUUUUGAGUCAAGAUUUGAAUCUGGAAAUUUGAGAAGAGCUAUUUAAGUAUAUGAGUUUGAGUAUGAUCUUAUUCUUAAGCCUGAUUACAAUACUCGUGGAAACACUUAAUGGUAUUACUUCAGAGUUUAGAAUAUGAGAGCUGGAAGAACAUAUCGAUUCAACAUAAUAAACUUAUUGAAGCCAGAUAGUUUAUAUAACCAUGGAAUGAGACCUUUAAUGUAUUCAGAGAUCUAGGCUAAAAAGUAUGGGAAAGGCUGGUUCAGAAAUGGAAAAGAUGUUUGCUACUAUUAAAACUCAAUGAAAAGAAAAACUGUUGGACAUUACUAUACACUAACCUUUAGCGUUAAGUUUCCCUACGACAAUGAUACUAUUUAUCUAGCUCAUUGUUACCCUUAUACCUAUUCUGACCUUCAAAGAUAUCUAAACUCAAUUGAAAAUGAUCCUCAUAAAAAGUUAAGAUUUAGAAGAAAAACAAUGUGCUAAACUCUAGCUGGUAAUCCAGUUGAUCUAUUGAUAAUAACAACUUUUCCUAAUCCAGGAACCUAAGCCUCAGAUGCGGACUAUUAAUAAAUCAAAUAGAGAAAAGGGGUUGUCAUUACUUCGAGAGUUCAUCCAGGAGAGAGUGGUUCCUAAUUUAUGAUGAAAGGGAUAAUAGAUUAUUUGGUAGGCUCAAGUGUUGGUGCUAGAGUAUUGAGAGACAACUUUGUAUUCAAAAUAGUUCCAAUGCUAAAUCCAGAUGGAGUUAUAAAUGGAAACACAAGAUGCUCACUAGCAGGAGUUGAUUUGAAUAGAUAAUGGAUAGAUCCUUAAAAGAAAGUUCAUCCAACAAUUCAUAAUGGCAAUUCUGGAAAAAAUGACAAAUAUAAAGAAAGAGUAUUCCCUUAUCUACUAGACAAAUUGGGAGAAACAUUUAAUUUCAGCGAUUGCUCAUUUGCAGUAUAAAAGGCUAAAGAAUCUACGGCCCGUGUAGUAGUAUGGAAGGAGCUAGGUAUCACAAACAGUUUUACGUUAGAAGCAUCCUUCUGUGGAUCAGAUUUCGGUCAAUAUUCAGAUUUACAUUUUAAUACUGAUAUGCUACAGCAAAUAGGUCACAGAUUUUGUGAGACUAUUAUAGAGUAUUGCAUGGUAGAACCUCAUAAUAUGAAAACUAUUCUUGAUGAAAUAGAAGCCAUUGUUAAUAAUUCAAAUGAAAAGACAAGUGAGGUGGUUCAAGGACCUGCUAAUACGCUUAAUGGAACAAACAAUUUAAAUAUUGAUCCAACCAAUGCUAAGGGUUAAAUAGGAAUCGAAUAAGAUAACAUUAAUACAGGUAAUAUAGGUGCAUAUAAUGGCUUUUUAAAUGAAGUAUCUGGGGGAGGUGUAUUAGGAACAAUUAAAGAUGAAGACUCAAAUGCAGAUUCAGAUUUUUCAGGAGAUGAAGGGACACCUAGUUGUCCUUAGUUAUAUAUUUUGAACAAAUGA